AUGAACAGGCUGCGAAGGUUCCCGGUGGCUUGGGCGGUGGUUGCGGUCCUGGCAACCGCCCUGGGCCCUUCGCUAGCUGCCCCAGAGGUGGAUGACCGACAUGAGUACGUGAGCGACGGCUCCAUGCAGGGCUACUUUGAGAGUGGUGAAGCAGUGCAAUACCUGAGGACACUGCGACCUUCUGAUUUUGAGCCGCCAUUUGAUGAUGCCACAUACUUCAAGAGGGAAGAAAUUCAACUCCAAGAAUAUGCUGUGGUCGAUGGAUGUGACCCGACAAGCCCUACCAUUCAUUUUCCUUUGAACCAAUCAAAAACUCUGGCAGCAUUCGAGUCCAUCUCUUACUGCAGGGACUUGGCCUCCCUGAGCCUGUGGAAUUGCACCCGCUGUCAGCGGCCAGAGGUGGCAGGCUUUGUGGUUGAAGAUGCGGUGUAUGAUGCCUCUUGGGAUGUCUUCACGUAUGUGGGCUAUUUUCCAGCGUGGAAUGCCACCAUCGUCUCGAUAAGAGGUACAAACAGCCAUGACUUCUGGAACUGGGUCGAAGAUUUUGACUACUGGAGGAGCAAGUACCCGCUGUCCUACCCGGGUGCCAAGGGUGCCAAGAUUCACUCUGGCUUCUACAAGCUCUGGGCGAAGAGUGCUCUAAAGGCAAACACAACAGCGGCUGUGCAGCGGUUGGUGGACAAGUAUGGGACCAACCAGACAACGUACGUGAUUGGGCACUCCAUGGGUGGUGCGAUGGCAGACCUGGCUGCCCUCUGGCUAAAGUUCAACCUGAGCCUGUCGGACGUGAGGGUGACCACCUUUGGACAGCCCAGGACGGGAAACAAUCAAUUCUCAGACUUCUUUGGCAAAAUGAUCAACCACAGCUGGAGGUUCACCCAUGCCAGGGACAUCGUCCCCUCCCUGCCCUAUGAGUUCUUGGGCUAUUAUCACACAGCUCGGGAGAUCUGGCAAAGGGACACUCUGGACCCCAGCUCCCCCAGUGGCGUGGAUAUGACCUACAGGGUGUGCGACGGCAGCGGUGAGGACCCCACCUGCCACAACAGCGUCUGCCACUAUGGCGCGUGCACUUCAAUCGAGGACCACAUGAUGUACCUGGGGUACCCAAUGUACACGAACGGAAGCAUAGACGUCCCGUGUUGA